GAGGCUGGGGCGCGGAUGCUGGAAGUUCACAUUCCGUCCGUGGGCCCGGAGGCCGAGGCGCCCAGGCAGAGCCCAGAGAAAAGCCACAUGGUGUUCCGAGUGGAAGUGCGGUACCGCGGGCGCAGACACACCGUGCCGAGGCGCUACAGCGAGUUCCACGCGCUACACAAGCGGAUCAAGAAACUGUACAAGGUGCCCGAAUUCCCCUCGAAACGCCUGCCCAACUGGAGGACCAGAGGAUUGGAGCAGCGGCGGCAGGGCUUGGAGGCCUAUAUCCAGGGCAUCUUGUACCUGAACCGGGAUGUGCCCAAGGAGCUACUGGAGUUCCUGAGUCUUCGGCACUUCCCCACAGACCCCAAGGCCAGCAGCUGGGAAGCCCUGGGGGAGUUCCUGCCUAGUGACAGCAGCUCGCAGCUGUACCACCGGCCUGUCAUCAGCUUCUGCGUGGACCCCUACAUUUGUAUCUCAUCCCCAGAGCCUCUGCCCAACGUGGUGGUGAAUGGCGUGCUCCAGGGCUUCUACAGCUUCAGCACCAGCACCGCUGACACCCAGCCAGAGGCUCCCUGUCACCCUGCACCUUUGCCACCAAUGCCUUGA